AUGAUUGAACAAGCUGCUGUCAGCUCAGGCACAGCUACACCCCUUGCUUCCCCACGACGUCAGCCCUGCACAUAUGUCCUCUUCAUUAUUAUUAUUAUCAUCACCAACACCGACACAGGAACCCCCCAACUCACCGAAUCGACCGUCCCCAUCCCCAUCCCCGCGCCAAACCAGCUCCUCGUGAAAGUAUCCCACGUGGCGCGGAACCCGACUGAUGUCUCAUCCCUCGAUCGCAACGCCUUUGGCAACGGCGCCGUGCUGGGCUGCGACUUCGUCGGCGAAGUCAUCCAGCUAGGAAGCGAAGUCACCCGGUAUAAGCCUGGUGAUGUCGUGGCGGGAUUGAUCUGGGGAGCGAGUACGGUUCCGCUGGCGGCGGCGACGGCGUGGCUGGCGCUGUUUUCGCGGGACCGUUUAUGUAUUCCCCGGGAGGAUGGGGAUGCGAAGGGGGAGGGGACAAGCGUGGGUUUAUAUACCAUCCAGCUAGCAGCGAUGUUCGGGCUAGAAGUCGUGACGACCUGCAGUCCCAAGCAUGCAGAGUUGGUCCGCUCGUACGGAGCGACGCACGUAUUCGAUUAUCGGGAUGAAGGGGGAAGGCGAAUACUGAGGAUGGAUGUCGUUCCCGGAACGAAUGUCUCGGAUGUGUUGGUUUGGACGGCGUUUUUGAAGGAUCAUGCGUAUGGGGCGCUUAGGUGGCCGGCUUCGAGGCCGGAUCAUGAACUGACGAGUGAGGUCUUUGAGAAGAUCCCCGCGUGGUUAGAGAGUGGGGUGAUCAAACCGAGUCAUCCGAAGGUGCUGGAGGGGUUGGACUCGGUGCCGAGCAGGUUUCAGGAGUAUAGAGCUGGGAAGGUCUCGGCUUUUAAGAUUGUGUUAGUAUAG